AGAAGCGACCUUUCCGCCCCAGCGGCCUGGAAAAGAUGGCGCGUCUUGCGUGGUGGUGGCUGUCCUUCAGCCUGGGCAGUCUUCUGGCGGGGCAGGCGGAGGCCCCAAGCCCGGUGGAGCCGCGGGAGCAGAGCCGGCCCUACGCUGUGCUGCGUGGGCAGAACCUGGUGUUGAUGGGAACCAUUUUCAGCAUCCUGCUAGUGACCGUGAUCCUUAUGGCAUUUUGUGUCUACAAGCCCAUUCGCCGUCGGUGACAGCUGAGCGACCAAGUUCUUCCACAAGUAUUGGGGGAAAGUAUAAAUUGUGUUGCACGUGGGUCAUUGGAGAGGUUGGAAUUAGAACUUCACCCUUGGAAGUAAUCUUCAAUCUGGACAGUUGGUAAAUGUGAAAUAAUUUAGAAAAAACAUCCAUCUGGCAGUUAUUUUUUCCUAACACUGUAAUGUAAAUAACUGACUCUGCUUCUUGAUGUUUCUUUGUAUAUCUGGCUGCACUUAACACUUGUUACAAGAAGGACCUGAAGCUACAAGUUUCAGUAUAAAGAUGGGAAGACAGCUAACUAUGUUAGUGGUGGGAAAACCACACUGGAAAGGACUCAUCCCGAAUAUUGGAAAAUACUCAUAAGAGGAAUACUUGACAUGUAGACAUUUCAUACUUGAGAACCAUUUGGUCACAGUGGGGUUAAGAGUCACACGUGUUUUUAGUUAGAUUGAGUUGGCCUGGAAUGCCCUGGUUGCAAAGCAGUGUCAGUUGUGGGGAACUUGGGCCAUCAGUCCUCGUGCCAUAUCUGGGUCUGCACCCAGAUGCCCCCGAUGAAGUCAGGGCCACAUUAGCUAUCCUGUGACCAUGAGCACCCUGGGGCUGGAAGGCUCUGAGUUGGGCUGAUUACUGGUUGACCCAUCUGAAAAAGAGCUCCAUCCUGCUUAAAUACAUCGAGCUCCUUGGGGCUGCACUCAAGCCUUUCCAGCCCCUGGCCUAAAGCUUGUGGCAGCUUUUCAGAUUUAGAAUCUAAAAGAAACGCAGCAGGAGCUCUUUUUAGUUGUGAGUGGGGAGGUCCUCAACCCACAGAAGUGUGGGUUCAGAGUAGGAGGCUGAGAGGCGGGUGCAUGUGUGUUUACACAGAUUUCAUCUCAACCUUGAAAAUGCUGCUGUUUUGUACUGUUGAAAUGGAUUGUUUUUUUCCUGUUGAAAUGAUACUUUCAUACUUACAAAGUGGUUAACAGUAUUUAUUUUAAAGGUGCUAGGCUUAAUUUUCUUUGUUACUGAACUGAAAUGCUUGUCUUGUAUUCCAGUCACCUCACUAAUGUGAGGUGUUUUUUGUUUUGUUUUGUUUUGUUUUUUAACAACCCACACUGAAUGCGAAAUAACUAAUGUAGGAUACUGUGACUGUCGGACAUCAGGAUUUUGUAACCCUAACAUUGAGCCACUGAAAUGUUCACUGUUUUGUGGUUUUGAGCAAAGUGUCAAUUAAAAUUAAAAUCUUACAUGC